UUUUUUUAUGCAAAUAAUUAGACUGUAAAAAAAAAUAUCUAUUUUGAUAGAUUAUAAAAAAUAUUUACGGAAUUGUAAUUGUGUGAUAGUGUAAUAGUCAUAAAUAAGAAAUAUUGUCGCCCUGGAACUAUUAAAUGGAAUAUUAUAAGAAAAAUAAAUGAAUAACUACAAUAUUUACAAUAAUAACUAUAAAAUGGAGCGUGAAGCAUUGCACCCAAUAACGACCUGUUGUAAUUUAAGCCAGUCUCGCGGUCGUAGAGAAAGAGAAAAUUCAAUGAACGUAAGCCACAGCGGCUCUAACGGGAUGAACUCAACGGGGUCAUUGAGCACACUUUCGAGAGAAGAGCGCCGUCGGCGUAGGAGAGCUACUCAAAAAUAUCGAACUGCACACGCAACUCGGGAGCGAGUAAGAGUAGAAGCAUUCAACUUAGCAUUUGCUGAACUGAGAAAACUGCUACCGACUUUGCCGCCCGACAAAAAGCUGUCCAAGAUUGAGAUUCUUAGGCUGGCUAUUUGUUACAUCGCGUACCUAAACCACGUACUAGAAGCGUAAAUAAGUGUAAUUAUUUAAAUUUUAUAUUUAAUUGACCAGUUUAAUAAAGUAAUAAGUUUAU